AAAAAAGAGAGGAGCAAAAACAAUGUACCCAGCCAUGAAUGUUCAAUGCCUUUUCCGUCUUUUGCACUAGGUUUGGAGCUUGAAACCCUCAAGUGCUUCACAACCUUUUCCUUGGUGCUUCUGCACGUUACACGCAGCAAAAAUGGACUCUCAGCUUCAAGACCUACUCCGCUUGUCCGGAAUAAUCUUAGCCAUCCUCGUCCUAUCAAUCUUUGUAUUAUUCAAAUCAACAUCAUCAAGCAAGCUCAAAACACCACCAGAAGCCCCGAGGGCAUGGCCCGUCAUAGGUCACUUGCCCAUUCUAGCGAAAUCCAAGCUUCCCCACAAGACCUUAGCGUCCAUGGCCGACCAGUGUGGACCCAUCUUCACCGUCCGGGUCGGGACGUUCCAGGCUCUAGUGGUGAGUGGUUCCGAGAUGGUCAAGGAGUGUUUCACCAAGAAUGACAUCGCGCUGUCCACUCGACCACGGCACGUGGCCCAGAAGAUCCUGGGGUACUCCUACGCCAUGUUCCCGUUUGCGCCUUACGGCCCAUACUGGCGCGAGGUGAGGAAGAUGGUCACCUUGGAGCUGCUCUCGAGCCGGAGGGUCAAAUCAUUUCUCAACCCUAUACAGGCCUCCGAAGCGGACGUGGCUAUUCAAGAGUUGCACGAGCUUUGGAUUGAGAACAAGGACGAUUCAGGCCACGUCAUAGUCGACUUGAAGCAGUGGUUUGCAAAGUUGACUCUGAACGUGAUCCUGAGAAUCGUGGCCGGAAAGCGCUACCGUGCAGCGGAUGAGGAAAAGAAGCAGCAGUGCCAAAAGGCGUUACGAGAGUUCUUCCACUUCUUUGGGUUGGUUUUACCAGCAGACGUUUUUCCUUUCUUGAGGUGGUUCGACUUGGGUGGACAUGAGAAGGCCAUGAAGAGGACUGCAGAAGAACUAGACGAAAUUAUGGGUGGUUGGUUGGAGGAUCACAAGAGGGAUAAUAAGGAUUUGGGUGAGACCAAUAGCAGUGGAGAUUUUAUGGACGUCAUGCUUUCGGUCCUUAACGAUGAUGAAGUUGGAGGUUAUGAUGCUGAUACGGUUAUAAAAGCUACAUGCUUGGCGAUGAUUGCAGGAGGCAGUGAUACCGCGAUGGUUACCUUGACGUGGGCAAUCUCGCAGUUGCUCAACAACCUUCACAUCCUGAAGAAAGCUCAAAAAGAGCUCGAUGCUCAGAUCGGCAAGCAUAGGCAAGUGAAAGAAGGGGACAUUGCUAGCCUAACUUAUCUUCAAGCCAUAGUGAAGGAGACCCUCCGGUUACACCCGGCAGCCCCACUCUCGGGGCCACGCCUAUUCACAGAGGAUUGCACGGUCGGUGAGUACCACGUCUCUAAGGGCACAUGGUUGAUCUUGAACAUCUGGAAAGUCCAAACUGACCCUAGGACAUGGCCCGAUCCAUUGGAGUUUAGGCCUGAGAGGUUCUUGAGCAGCCACAAGGACAUUGAUGUGAAGGACUCCAACUUUGCGCUCCUACCAUUUGGAGGCGGCAGGCGAAUCUGUCCAGGAAUAUCUUUCGGACUAGAGAUGGUGCAUUUUCUUCUAGCUAGGUUCUUACAUGCAUUCGAGAUAUCAACUGUGGACGACUCACCAGUGGAUAUGUCUGAGAUCUUCGGACCGACUAUUUUGAAAGCGACCCCGCUGGAAAUUAUGCUCAAGCCGAGAUUAACUCAAGAGCUCUACUAAUUGAGGUAAGGGACAGUUCAUAUAUCAAAUGAAAACUCUUUGGAAUGUACAAAUAAGUUAAUGUGUAUGCACUCUCUCCACGCGAGGCUCUUAAAAGACAUAAUCACAUAUCUAGACUCUACGGGGUGAAGUUGUUGGCACUGGAACAUCACUUGCAUGAAAGGGCUUACGAGCUUACGAGUUCGUGAUUACAUUAGGAUGUCGAAUGUCAUGUACUAUCGUUUACCACUUGCAUGUAUACCGUGUGACCAAUUAUCUAUGGAAUUCUUCAUGCUAUCCUUGCCCAAAUGCCAAUCCUACAGGUUUAGUUGCCAUCAAUAAGAUCUGGCCGUUAAAUCUCUUGUAGCCAUAAACAUCAUUAUCAUCCAUUGGAUGAUUGCAAUG